UUAAAAAUAAAUGAAAAUAAAAAAAGAAAAAUGGCAUAAUUAUUUGCGCAUUGGUGGCGUUGAUAAUGGGAUGUCCAAGGAGGAGGGAAGCGCCGGGAUUGCAGAAUUAAGGAAAAUUAUUAAGACGAAGAAGAAGAAGAAGAAGCUCCAUUUGAUUUUGCAGAACAAAGCAAAGACUUCAACAAGGAAUAAUGCAAGAAGAAAUUGAUUGAAGCUGCUCGAAUUAGAUCUGUUUUGUGAAACUUUGUUUCUAGGGAUUUGGGGAAAUGGAGGACUCGAGCUCUAUCGACUCGAUUUUGGAGUUUUUGCGGAAGAAUCGUUUUAUGAGAGCUGAAGCUGCGUUGAUUAGUGAGCUUUCUAAUAACCCAAGUUCAAAUGGGUGUCUUCAAAAGCUUAACUUUGAGGAUAAUGGUGUGAGCAAGUUGUUGGAUAAGACGAAGCAAAGGGGCAGUAGCCAAGCAUUAGGCUUUCAAAAGGACAGUCACAUUUCUGAUGAAUUGGUUGUGAAAGAGAUUCAAUGUGGAGCUGCCAAUAACUUACGCGAGAGUAAUCUUAUGAACGAUGUUUCUGUUCAGACACAAAGUGGUAAUGCAGAUUUUUGGGAGGAGAGAUUCAUGUUUUCUGAAGGAUUUGAGGAUACCGGGCUUGAUUUACCUCCCUGGAACCAUACUUCUACCGAUAUUGUAGCUGACUCUGAAGUAUACAGUAUCAAUCCAAGUAAAAGAGGCUUUGUGAAUCCACAGAGCUCAAAGAAAUCGAGUCAUGAAAAGGUUCCUGAAACUGGUAAAAGCAAUGAAGUGGUUGUGGAAGACAUCUUCUCUCCUUUUGAGAAGAUACGGACUGGAAGCUCUAGUCAGGUAUCUCAGUAUGACAGUGGCAAAGCAUGUCAAUCUCUGGAAGUUGAUAAUAAGGUUGGGAACUCUGCAAUACAAGAAGGAUUCGUCACCACGUCUUGGUCAAGAAGUGAAGAGAACAUUGGUGCUUCACCAGACCAUUGGAAGGACUGUUCUGUUACAACUGUUUUUCCAUUGUCCAAGGGAAGCACGUCAACAGAAGAUAAUAGUGUAGCCAUUUUAGACAAAAGGCAAGGAAAGAAAAAGGUUGGCACCAGUGAUUCCAGGAUUCUUAAUAAGGAGCAGGAAGAUGAUGUGGCAACAGCGCUAUACCUUGGAAAGUCACAGUCUGGUUAUGAACAUAAUAAUCUAAGCAGCUUAGCAUUUUCGCUGCCUCAUGAUGGUCCGAGGGAAGACUUACCUAGACUGCCACAUGUAAAAAUCAAGUCAGAGGAUAAACCGAUGAACUUUACUUGGGAAGAAAAACAUGAGCGAGACAUAUUGGACGAGAAGCUGAUUAAUACUGAGAAUUAUUUCCUUAUCGGCUCUUAUCUAGAUGUUCCUAUUGGACAAGAAAUCAAUUCAUCAGGUGGCAAAAUGGCUGGUGGAGGAAACUGGUUGUCUGUAAGUCACGGAAUAGCAGACGAUGCAUCUGACUUGAUUUUUGGCUUUGGCGAUGGAUUAGGUGCUCUCAAUGAACAUUCAAAUGAAUAUUGGGACUCUGAUGAAUAUGACGACGAUGAUGAUGUUGGUUACAUUAGGCAACCAAUUGAGGAUGAGGCAUGGUUUUUGGGUCACGAAGUUGACUAUCCUUGCGAUAAUGAAAAAGGCACAGAGCGCGGAAGUGUUCCUGAUACGCAGGAUAAAAGUCAAACCAAGAAUGAUGAUGAUCAUUCAUUUGCCGAGGAGGAUUCUUAUUUCUCCGGUGAGCAAUAUGUGCUCGCUAAAGGCAUUGAGCCAGUUACUGCUUCCAAUGAUCCGAUGGGUCUCUCAAUGACUGAAACAUACAGCAGGACCAAGGAACCUGAUUUGCUUGCUCGAUAUGAAGGGCAAUUGAUGGAUGCAGAGGAGCUAAGUUUGAUGCACACUGAACCUGUUUGGAAGGGAUUUGUCAGCCAUGAAAAUGAUCUAAUUUUGUUGAACAAAGGGAAAGUCGAGGAUAACUGUAAUAAACUCUGUCCGAAGGAUAUCCGCGCAGAAGAUGAUCGAAAUGCUGCAGUUAGGUCAAUUGGUGUAGGAAUGAGCGAUGAUGUUGAUGACAAUGGGAGUAUAAUAACUGAAUACUUUCCUGGAGAAGGUAGUGAAUGGGAUCUGGAGCUCCUUCCUUAUCGCGGAGUUGGCGUUGCUGGUGUCAAGCCUCCACCUGGUAAAGGUGCAACUAUGCAGCUUAAAAACUUUGCAAGUGGUGGUUUCUCCUUUCCCUCUCCAGUACCUGAUAGACAGAUGUCCCAUGAAGAUUCUGCAAACCCUGAAUGGUCAAACCAUUGCAAUGCUGUUUUGAGAAAUGAAACUGAUGAAUCAAAGGGCCUAAUCGAGUCCGAUAGUAUGGUUGUUUCUUUGACAAAACGACGCAGCGGCUCUUCCUCUGAAAGAAAUAUAACAGACAUGGAUGAUGAAAAGGUUGCAAGUUCAAGAAACUCUUCCCCAUCCGCACUCUCCCAUAGUUCUGAUACUGGGAGAGAGCACAAGGAAGAAGAUGAGGAAGAAACUGGUCAUGGGCCGGAAGAAGAUCCUGGGACCUCGUUCGAGGAUGAGGAUGCAAUCGUGGUCCAAGAGCAAGUAAGACAGAUUCAAGCCCAAGAGCAGGAUUUUGAGACCUUCAACCUGAAGAUUGUUCACAGGAAAAACAGGACUGGUUUUGAGGAGGAUAAGAACUUCCAUGUGGUUUUGAAUUCUGUCAUUGCUGGUCGUUACCAUGUCACUGAGCAUCUUGGAUCAGCAGCUUUUAGCAAAGCAAUACAAGCACAUGACCUCCACACCGGCAUUGAUGUCUGUGUAAAGAUCAUAAAGAACAACAAAGACUUUUUUGACCAAAGCCUUGAUGAAAUCAAACUUCUCAAGUAUGUCAACCAGCAUGAUCCUGCUGACAAAUACCAUCUCCUUCGACUGUAUGACUACUUCUACUUCCGGGAGCACCUGUUAAUAGUAUGUGAACUUCUCAAGGCAAACUUGUAUGAGUUCCAAAAGUUUAAUAGGGAAUCAGGUGGAGAGGUUUAUUUCACUAUGCCAAGAUUGCAGUCAAUUACUAUCCAGUGCUUGGAAGCAUUGAACUUUCUUCAUGGUCUGGGCCUUAUACACUGCGACUUAAAACCUGAAAACAUACUAAUCAAAAGCUACAGCAGAUGCGAAAUCAAAGUUAUUGAUCUGGGAAGUAGCUGUUUUGAGACAGAUCAUCUUUGCUCCUAUGUUCAGUCUAGAUCCUACCGUGCUCCAGAAGUCAUUCUUGGGCUUCCAUAUGAUAAGAAGAUAGAUAUCUGGUCACUUGGCUGCAUUUUGGCUGAACUGUGUACCGGCAAUGUUCUUUUCCAAAAUGAUUCUCCGGCAACUUUGCUUGCAAGGGUCAUCGGUAUAAUCGGAUCCAUUGACCAAGAAAUGCUUGCCAAAGGACGUGAUACAUGCAAGUACUUCACCAAAAAUCAUUUACUAUAUGAGAGGAACCAGGAGAGUAACAAUUUGGAGUACCUAAUACCGAAAAAGUCAUCGCUUAAGCGUAGACUGCCAAUGGGUGACCAAGGCUUCAUAGACUUUGUGGCAUACUUGCUCCAAGUUGAUCCAAAGAAACGCCCUUCUGCAUCUGAAGCUCUUAAGCAUCCUUGGUUGACUUAUCCCUACGAACCCAUAUCUCCGUGAUUCGGUCGGAGCAACAAAAGCUGAAUGGAUGAGAGCUAGUCAAGGAAGAAGAUGAUGGUUUGCUUUUCCCACAUUUUUUUUGUUGAAAAGUCUGCUAAGAGGGAAAUCUUUCAGACCUUGUUGUAUAUUAAUUUGAUGUGUGACUAUUGCUCAUUUGGUCUCAGCAUUUUGUUUCACUGGUAGCUUGUGAAAUAUAGUCCCUUCUUCGAUUUUGAUUUUUGCCAAAUGCUUUGGGUUUGAUUAUAUUGAUUGUAGCCGGUGAUAUUUGUA